CAGCGCAUAUAAAUUGCGUGGCUGUUCGCCAUGUGGCACAACGAUUGACUUGGGCCUGGAUAAUUGCCAGCAUAUGCAGCCAAUGCGCGUAAGGAUGUUCAUUGCCAUGACCCUGGGCGCGACUUACCACCAACAGUUUGUGCCUCAAAGAGGACGGGAAAGUAGGCCGCGAGCUAUUAGUUGGCACCGCCUCUUAUGCGGCUUGGUCUUUUCCAGCCCCAUUGUCCAGGCAUCAUGAGUAGUUGCGUCGUUAGUGCUAUAGGCCUCGUGGCUCUUAGAUUACCCAAAGCGUGCUGUGCAGCGAGAGGCGAGACAGAUCUGCGACACCACCGCGACGCACUCCAAGCCUCUUCCAACGGUUCGAGCAUCACCCCAACCCCGCACCCACGCGCAACCGUGGGCGGAUCGCCAAAAUCUCGCCAUUUUCCCACCCAAGUUUCCUUACUCGUACUGGAUUGCCCAGCCCAGGGGGUUGGUGUUUCGCCCGGCAUGCGACCGGCACGCAAGCCCUUCAGAAUCAACAAUUUCAUGCGUGGAUUUAAGGAAUACACUUCCCCAGGCAGAUAGCUUUUCUCCUUACAUCAAGACAUCUGCCUCAUAAUACUGGUGCUCCACUUUCUCUUUCUCUUUUCCUCAUCUGCUUCUUACUGUCCGAGCCGGCCCUCGUAGUGCCCUUUCA